AUGCCAGCGCUUCCAGUUUGGAGUGUUGUUGUUCUUGUCAUAUGUGUCACAUGCAUUAUCAUCGGUUUACUGUAUUGUUUGUUGCGAUGCCGCCGAUUUCCACGAUCUACUGUCGAUCCAGAGGAAUAUCCAAAUAAUAAACAAGGUCUCCAUUCCAUUGUCACUGGAGCAACCAUCACCACUAAUGAGUCCAUCCAAGAAAAGAAGAUGUUCACACCAGCAACAACCAUCACACGCAGCACCAGCAGUAGUCAACCUUGUACACCAACCACUGCCACAAAUUCAGCUAAUCCAUAUAAUGAUGAUGAUGAUAAUGAUGAUUUGUCGACAACUAAAUAUCGUACAUUUGCAGAUGAUGUCCCUGUAACAUCCACACGUCCUUCAUCCAAUAAUUAUAACAAUAAUAAUAAAUUCCGUAUUUCGUUGCCAAUGCCACCACCAACGACAUCCUUCUUUACUGAUAAGAUGGAGUUGAAUUCCGAAGAAGCAAAUCGUAUGUUUGAAUUGUAUAUGACCAGUACCGACAAGCAAAUAAGUUCUGAUCAAAAAGAGUUUGUAUCCAUUGAUUUUGCGAAUGAUAACACUCUUGCCGAUCAUGAUCAUAGAAACACCAUCGCCAUUUAUGACACCAUAAGUAACCUUCCACAUAAAGCCGCUGCUACCAUCAGGAGUACGCUUCGUCAAUCCCUACGUCGACAAAAAUCCUCAUCAAAAAAAACUAAUGUUUAUCAGAUAUUUGAUCCACCUGUUUCUCCUUCCUCUACCGCUGUUGGUAAUGACUCUCCUCCUCCAACUCCAUCACACAAAGAUCCAUCAUCACGACCACCACCACCAUCAUCAUCACCACCACCAUUGUCGCCAUCUAUAUCCUCCCCACCAGCACCCCCACUAACAGUUGACGUACCUGAAUCUGAGCCUGAAGCCUUUAUUCUUGAUACUACCAAGCAAACUAUUUCUUUGUCAUCAACACCUUUUCGCCAAACGGAUGAAGAAGCCGACCAAUACCAAGCAUCAAGAGAAUCAUCAUCCGAAGAUAUCAACUACAAUAAUACCAAUUCAACGAGAAAGACCACCAAAAAUCGCAAAUUGUUUGAACAUGAUCUUGAAAGCAUGUUUGCCUGGCCAACCACCGACGAUGAUGUUGUUGAUGAUUUGAAUAAUGAAGAUCAAAGUUCAGAUGAGCGUGAUAAUGUAUCUAUUGUAUCAGCACUUCGAAACAAUAGCAAUAAUGAUACUGUUUCCAUCACAUCAGGUUCUGUCCGUAGAUUGGUUCGAGAUAGCACAGUUGUCGAGAAUAGCCAUUCUUCAAUAGCAACUAGAUCCAUUGCAAACAGUGUACGACCAAGUCUCCAUGAGAUGGCAGGAUGGUGGUCAUCACAAGAUCAAACUGCUGACAGCGUCGAUGCAUGUAAAGUGAAUGGUCCAGAAGAAGAAGAAGAAGAAGAAGAAGAAGAAGAAGAAGAAGAAGAAGAAGAUGUUAACUCACCAUUUGCUGAUCAUCGUCAAUCGUCACCAGUAUUACCAUCCGUUCCAUCCAAAGAAGCCUUGUUAAAUCAGCCUUUACCCAAGUCAUUCUCCAAAUUGACUGAUCUUACUUCAUCGUCACCAGCAUCUACCUAUAGCCGAGCCACUUUGAACAAAAUCCGUAUAGCCUUGACCAAAGAAGAUGAACCAGAGAUGGAUGACAAGCCAUCACCCCCAGAAUCAUACCAAAAUAACAUCAUCCAAGAAGAGACUUCCAUCAAAUAUGCAGUACCGGAUGAUGAAUUACUACCAUUGUCAGUUCCAAUCACCAACGAAGAAUACCAGCCCAAAACAUCUAUUUCCUCUGAUUCAGUUGUAAAGGAAACAAUAGUAUCCAGACCAUCAUCCACAGCCACGUCACAAACAAGCUUCAUUAUACCACAGCAAUCACCACAGCCAAUGCAACCAUCAGAGAGACCAUCGUUAGAACAACCAGUUCAACCAUCAUCCGUAACAACAACAACAACAACAACAGGAGUCAUACCAAGUGCACCAGGAUCCAUACGAGUCAAGAAUAGAAACAGUACAAUAGGCGCAGGAAGCAAUGUUGAUAGCGUACGUCGUGUAUUACAAUCUACGUGGAAUACAAAUCGGUUAUCGGAUCAAGGGUCUAUAGCCAGUAACCGGUCUUCAUUGUUGUAUGGCAAGUCACCUCCAGGAAGUGUUAAUCCACGUCAAUUGAAUCAACAUCUUGCUUCUUUGUCACUUCGAUCCAAUGGUCGUCAUCAAAAUAGACCUGGUUUGCCAUCUGGAUUUAUGAGUGAAGACUUGGUAACAGUAGAAGGUAUUGCCAACGGUCCUACUCCCACAGUAUCUUUUUCUUCGUCCACCGUUCGCACCAUGAUUCCAGAAAAUGAGCCCAUAGAAUCCCAUGUCGGUAAAAAGAAGUCAACAGAACAGCAGGAAAAACCAACAAAGCCAAAAACAACACCAAAGCAAACACCAGCCAAAAAGGAUACGCCAGGAAAAACCAAGGAACAAAAACAGAAUUUUGGUACCAUGAGGACAGGUCGACAACAAAGAGGAUCCAUGCCUUGGAGUGCAAAUGCUUCUAACAAUAAUGAUAAAUCCAAUGGAAAGACUCCAGCACAGCGUGAACGUGAUCGUUAUUUACAAUCGUUAAAGGGAUAA